CAGCCGGCGGGCGCUGGCUCAUGACGUCAGUGUCGCGCGCCCCGCGGCCUAGGCAAAGGCGACGCCGGUCUGGUUAGUGGAGACGGGUGUGCGGCCCCUUGUUCCUCCGCGCGUCCCAUAGAUUCAGGCCCGGCUUGGCUCGGCCAUGGCCAGCGACUUCUACCUGCGCUACUACGUGGGCCACAAGGGCAAGUUCGGCCACGAGUUCCUGGAGUUCGAGUUUCGGCCGGAUGGAAAACUGAGGUACGCCAACAACAGCAAUUACAAAAAUGACGUCAUGAUCAGAAAAGAGGCUUAUGUCCAUAAGAGUGUGAUGGAGGAACUGAAGAGAAUCAUUGACGACAGUGAGAUUACAAAAGAAGAUGAUGCUUUGUGGCCUCCGCCUGACAGGGUGGGCCGACAGGAACUUGAAAUUGUGAUUGGAGAUGAACACAUUUCUUUUACAACAUCCAAAAUCGGCUCCCUUAUUGAUGUGAACCAGUCCAAGGAUCCCGAAGGUUUGCGAGUCUUUUAUUACCUGGUGCAGGACCUGAAGUGUUUAGUCUUCAGUCUUAUCGGUUUGCAUUUCAAGAUCAAGCCCAUCUAGGCUGCGGGUUUUGUCUUUUUCCAUGUGCUUGGGUGACGGCAUUUUUCAUUCCCACUGUCAGAAGACUUUUGUGUAAGCUAGGAAAAUAUUUUUUUAUAUGCUGUGGAAGUGAUUGUCUUUAAUAAAUAUUCAGGUGAA